AUGUACUCGUUCACUUUCUUCCAGGCGCUAGAUGUUGACAGAGGUGUCCUGUACAAAAUGAAGAAGUCCGUCAAAGCAAUUUACACGUCUGGCAUGGCACAUGUGGAGAAUGAAGAGCAGUACACCCAGGCGCUGGAGAAGUUUGGAGAUAACUGUGUCUUCAGAGAUGACCCAGAUUUAGGAUCAGCUUUCCUCAAGUUCUCUGUGUUUACAAAGGAGUUGACUGCACUUUUCAAAAACUUGUUUCAAAACAUGAACAAUAUCAUCACUUUCCCACUUGAUAGUCUGCUAAAGGGAGACCUGAAAGGGGUUAAAGGGGAUCUGAAGAAGCCUUUCGACAAGGCCUGGAAAGACUAUGAAACUAAAGUGUAAGAGCCAUUAAAAGGA